AGGCGGGACUUCCUGUCCGGCCGGGAAUAAUUCGAUCCAGUCCGGAAGUCAGCUCGCAGUGUGGUUCUUCGUGGGCCUUGAGGCCUACGAUCUGGGUGUCUGGUGGGGUCAGGGCACUCAGUGGUCGCUAGACUGCUGCCUCGGUUCGCCUCUUAUUUCCCGGCUGGCGAUGGCGACCUACACCUGCAACACCUGCCGGGCGCUGUUGGACGACGCGGAGGCGCAGCGGGCCCACUACAAGACGGACUGGCACCGCUACAACCUGAGGCGCAAAGUGGCCGGCAUGGCCCCGGUCGGCGCCGAGGGCUUCCAGGAGCGGGUGCGGGCGCAGCGGGCCCUGGCGGAGCCGGAGAGCAAGGGCGCGGCCACCUACUGCAGCGUCUGCAGUAAGAAGUUUGCCUCCUUCAAGGCCUACGAAAACCAUCUGAGGUCCCGGCGGCACGUGGAGCUGGAGAAGCAGGCGGUGAGUCGGCAAGUGGCGAUCCUGAAUGAGAAGAACUUGGAGAAAGGGCUGGGCGUGGACAGUGUGGACAAGGAUGCGGUGAACGCGGCCAUCCAGCAGGUCAUCAAGGCUCAGCCGUCCACGUCUCCCAAGGAGGCGGCCCCAGCGCCCGAGGCGGAGUCCCGGAGUCCCGUGACCGUGGCCGCUGGAGGACGUGGGACUCAGCAGCGAGACCCGGCCGAGAAACCUCCCCGGCUGCAGUGGUUUGAACAGCAGGCGAAGAAGUUGGCCGAACGGGACGGGGAGGAGGAGAGUGAGGAGGACCUGGAUGCAGAUGACUGGGAGGAUAUCGAUUCCGAUGAGGAACUGGAAUGUGAGGAUGCUGAGGCCACGGAGGAGGAGGAGGAGGAGGAGGAGGCAGAGGAGGAAGCGGCUGGAGGCAGCACCCCGCUUGGUGCCAUCCCCGUCACGGACUGCUUAUUUUGUCCCCAUCAUUCGAGCUCCCUCACGAAGAAUGUGGCUCAUAUGACUAAAGUCCACAGCUUCUUCAUUCCUGAUGUAGAGUAUCUUUCAGAUCUUAAGGGACUGAUUAAAUAUUUGGGAGAGAAGGUUGGUGUGGGGAAGAUUUGCUUGUGGUGCAACGAGAGGGGUAAGUCGUUCUACUCCACAGACGCUGUGCAGGCUCACAUGAAUGACAGGAGUCACUGCAAGCUCUUCACAGAUGGCGAUGCUCUUUUGGAAUUUGCAGACUUCUAUGAUUUUAGGAGUAGCUACCCAGGUCACAGGGAAGGGGAGGACGCCGACGAGACUGAGGACUCGCCCCCAGAAAGGGCCCUGGAGUACGAUGACGACACCAUGGAGCUGCUUCUCCCGUCCGGUGCCAGAGUGGGUCAUCGCUCCUUGAUGAGAUACUACAAACAGCGGUUUGGCUUGUCACGAGCUGUGGCAGUUGCUAAGAAUCAGAAGGCCGUGGGCCGGGUCCUGCAGCAGUACAGAGCCCUGGGAUAUACUGGCAGCGCAGGAGCAGCUCUCGUGCGCCAGCGGGACAUGCAGUAUGUCCAAAGGAUGAAGUCAAAAUGGAUGCUGAAGAUGGGGAUGAAGAACAACGCCACCAAGCAGAUGCACUUCAGGCCCCAGGUGCUGUUCUGAGUCGGCCGGGGAUUGAGCCGUCAUCCGUCUCCUGCACAAGCGUCCUCCUUGCCUGGGGACCCGUGGAAGCCGGAUCGGACAGCAGACCCUUUUGCUGCUACUUCUCCCUGUACUUCCUCUAUCCUGACCUGAUAAUAAAAGUCAGAAUCAUA